AUGGCGUCAUAUCCGGCUCAAGCCAAGAAAACGCACCCGGUAGCCGGUGUUCAAGACCGUCUCGCUGCUGGCCAACUCGAAACGCCUCGUACACGAAUACGAGCGUUCGAUCCGCGACCGUCUCGGGCGCCCGUCGAGACGUUCUGCACGAUCCUCGACCUCAAGAAUGUCUCGAUCUCGAACUUCUACCGCGUCAAGGACUACGUCGGCAAGGCGACGCAGAUCGGACAGGACAGGUACCCCGAGGUCAUGGGCAAGUUCUACAUCAUCAACGCGCCCUGGGGAUUCUCGGCCGUAUGGGGCAUCGUGAAGGGCUGGCUCGAUCCCGUCACUGCGGCUAAGAUCGACGUGUGCGGGAGCGACUACAAGGGCAAGUUGCUCGACCAAACUCCCGCGGAGAACUUGCCGAAGGAGUACGGUGGGACUUACGCUUGCCAUGGGAGCUGCUCGCUUAGCGAUGCUGGGCCGUGGAAUGAGACUGCAGCGCCCGCGCAGGCGCCUGCUGCGGCGUGA